GUGACGCAGCUCAACCGGUGGCCCACUUUGUGCUGCAAGCAGGCGGGGUGCAGCAACGAGCUCGGCCGCCUGGUGCGUACGGCUCGGCCCGGUUCGUCGUUCCGCGCGAUGGAGUUUCUACUCGGGAACCCGUACAGCACGCCAAUCGGACAGCGAAUCGAGAUUGCAACCAGCUCAAGCUUGCCAUCAGAAGACUGGUCUAUCAACAUGGAGAUCUGCGACAUGGUUAACGGCUCUGAGGAAGGACCAAAAGAUGCAGUCAGAGCCAUAAAGAAAAGGAUUGUGGGGAACAAGAACUUUAAGGAGGUCAUGCUGGCACUCACCGUGCUGGAAACCUGUGUGAAAAACUGCGGCUACAGGUUUCACAUUCUUGUGACGACAAGGGAUUUCAUCGAAGGGGUUCUAGUCCGUUCCAUCAUCCCGAGGAACAACCCUCCUCUGAUCGUACACGAUAGAGUACUCGGCGUUAUACAGGCGUGGGCAGACGCAUUCCGUAGCUCGCCCGACCUGACUGGUGUGGUGUCGGUGUAUGAAGACCUGCGCAGGAAAGGUCUCGAGUUCCCGACGACGGAAUUGGAAGGCUACCCAUCAGCCCAUGCCCCCAAAAGGACCUCGUCUCAGAACGGGCCUGCAGUUGCUACUGUCCCUGCUGCGCUGCUGUCCUCCAAACCCCUAACCCCACCUCAGACCCUUGAACUAAAACAGACCCUAGACGCAAGUGAUGCCUUCACUCCUAACCAGGUGGGAGCACUGAAGGCAGAGUUGGGGGUGGUGCGGAAUAAUCUCACAAUGAUGUCCGAUAUGAUGAGUCAGCUGGAUCCCGUCACCAUAAAACAAGCUGACAUGGAGUUGCUGGAGCAGUUAUACACUGUAUGUAAGGAAAUGCAAGACAGGAUAGUGAAGAUUGUCCCCAGGCUAAGUGAGGAGAAGCUGAUUCAAGAGUUGCUAGCAACCAAUGACGAGAUGAACACCGCCUUCUCGCGCUAUCACAGGUUUGAAAGACAAUUAACAAAUGGUCCAAACGCAACACAACAGAGCCAUUCUUAUGUAAACCUAACAGACCUCAAUAUGAGCGAAUCAGCGGCUGCAUCAGUUUCCAACGGAGACUUACUCAGCCCAUCAAAAGGGAACUCGUUGUCCACCCAGAUGGCGGGGCUUAACACAAGGGAAGAAGAUGCAGUUGAUGCGUUUUUAUCGAAAAGAAAUAGCUCAACGCAAAGAGGAAGCGAGCAUACAGACGUUGGACUUGAUGGCCUUGCAGAAGCUCAGGAAAACACCAUGCAAAAUGCUAAAGCGGAUCACAGCCCAGCCUCCUCCCACAGCUCCUCACCAAAGUUAGACUGGAUGAUUAAAAGGGGAAUGAUUCCCGUCAAGCAGUCCAACGUCAUGGAGGAUAUUGAGAAAUGGCUGGAGUUGGAUGAUGAUGUGUAUGAUGACUUUGAGGACUCUGACGGUGUCACAACUGAAGAAUUUGACAGGUUCUUGGCACAAAGAGCAAAAGCGGCUGAGCGAUUACCUUCAGUGCGACAGUCUUCUCAGGACGCCAACCACUCCGAAUCCUGAGCUGCAAUUCAAGCAGCCACACACGCGUGCAACUCUCAUAGUCCUUUAGCCAUAAGGGACAGAUGGAGAUGUAAUUUGGUUUUAUGUAUCAGAGGCACAUUGGGCAUGGAGGAUUGCAAUUUUUAAUUUACUUUGUGCUUUACUGGGAUUUUUAACUGGUAAUAAGUGAAUGAAGGCCAGAGGAUUUUACUCGAUGUAAUUAAGUGGUGAUAAUGCAAAAAUUUGCACAAUUUCUAUGGUUACAUUCCUAUUGAAGGAAACGUGGAAUAUUGUUACUAAAACAACUUUUGCAAUAUAGAUAACUUUAUUGCUAUGAACUCUUAUUAUUUGUGGCAUCUCAUGAUGAGUUACAGAUAAUGUCUCGGUCAAAGUAGCAAACACUGCUAACUUAUAUGUAAAUCAAAUGUUCAGCAAUUUCUCAUCUGAAGAUUUUGAAGCUUCUUUUAAUGUUAAUACCUUUAUUGUUAUUGGAUGUAAAGGAAAAGUACUUUAGUUUUUUUUUUUUUACUUGCAUAUUUCUUUGUCAAGAUGUUUUAUGUUUAAAUGCAGAGUGCAAUUAAAUAACCAAACUACCAAGAGUA